GUUGUGGUUGGCACUUAAGGGGAGCUUGUUACGGGGGUUGCUUCUUAAGUUAACGCAGGCUGGAGUUUGCAGUUAGCCGGAGCUGGUUGGGAUCUCGGCGGGGCAGUGCGCUCCCUCCGCGAUUUGGGAGGGGGAGUUGCUAUUGAUCGUUUGGCUUGGAGUGGAUGGCUGAGUUGCGCGCGGGCGCCCCCUGGAGACCCAGCCUGGAACCUCGCCCUUGCUGAGAGGCGGGUCCCCAUGCAGGUGCGCCAAUGAACCGCCCGGGGACUGGUGACGAGGUGAGCGCGGACGCAGCGGGGAUAAAGAGGCCUCGGCGAGAGGAGACCCACAUCUGUGAGAAAUGCUGUGCUGAGUUCUUCAGUUUCUCCGAGUUCUUAGACCAUAAGAAGAAUUGCACUAAGACUCCCCCUGUCCUCAUCAUGAAUGACAGCGAGGGGCCGGUGCCUUCGGAAGACUUCCCCGGGGCUGUGCUGAGCCAGCAGCCACACAGCCCAAGCAGGAAGGACACUCACAGCGAGGAGGGGGGCGGCUCCGGGGACACGAAGGAGAAGCCGGGGACCGAGUCCGUUGUGUACUUGAAGACGGAGGCUGCCCUGCCGCCCACACCCCAGGACAUAAGCUAUUUACCCAAAGGCAAAGUGGCCAACACCAAUGUCACGCUUCAAGCACUACGGGGCACCAAGGUGGCUGUGAACCAGCGGAGUGCGGACGCGCCGCCGGCCCCCCUGCCCGGCGCCAACAGCAUCCCCUGGGUUCUGGAGCAGAUCCUGUGCCUGCAGCAGCAGCAGCUCCAGCAGAUCCAGCUCACCGAGCAGAUCCGUGUCCAGGUGAACAUGUGGGCCUCGCACGCCCUCCACUCGGGUGUGGCCGGCGCCGAUGCCCUCAAGACGCUGGGCAGCCACGUGUCCCAGCAGGUGUCGGCCGCCGUGGCUCUGCUCAGCCAGAAAGCGGGAAGCCCGGGUCUGUCUCUGGACACCUUGAAACCAGCCAAGCUACCUCACGCUAACAUCCCUCCCGCCGCCAGCUCCGUGUCCCCAGGGCUGACGCCCUUCGCCCUGAAGCCGGAUGGGACCCGGGUGCUCCCCGGUGUGCUGUCGCGCCUCCCGGGUGCAUUGCUACCUCAGGCCCCGGGCUCUGUGCUCUUCCAGAGCCCCUUCUCCGCGGGGGCGUUAGACCCGUCCAGGAAAGGCAAAGGGAAGCCCCCGAGUGUGUCCCCGGUGGAUGGCAAACCCAAGGACGAGGCCCUCUACAAGCACAAGUGUAAGUACUGUAGCAAGGUUUUUGGGACUGAUAGCUCCUUGCAGAUCCACCUCCGCUCCCAUACCGGAGAGAGACCCUUUGUGUGCUCUGUCUGCGGCCACCGGUUCACCACCAAGGGCAACCUCAAGGUGCACUUUCAUCGACACCCCCAGGUGAAGGCGAACCCCCAGCUUUUUGCUGACUUCCACGACAAGAUGACGGCAGGCAACGGCAUUCCCUGUGCACUCUCUGGCCCCGUCCCCGUAGAUGAACCCGGUCUCUCUUUAGACAGCAAACCUGUCCUUGCGACGGGGACCCCCCAUGUAGGGCUACCUCAGAAUCUCUCUUCGGGGACUCACCCCAAGGACCUCAAGCAAGACCCGCAGCCCGGGCCUUCUCCAGAAAAUGAGAAUGGACCCAUCCUGCCCGGAGGGGGGCCGAACCAUAAUUCCCCCAGGGUUGGUGGCUUCCAAGGGAGUGGGGCACCCGAGCCGGGGUCCGAGACCCUGAAACUGCAGCAGCUGGUGGAGAACAUCGACAAGGCUCCCACCGACCCCAACGAAUGUCUCAUUUGCCACCGUGUCUUGAGCUGCCAAAGCUCCCUCAAAAUGCAUUACCGCACCCACACCGGGGAGAGGCCGUUCCAGUGUAAGAUCUGUGGUCGCGCCUUCUCCACCAAAGGCAACCUGAAGACGCACCUGGGGGUCCACCGGACCAACACGUCCAUAAAGACACAGCAUUCGUGCCCCAUCUGCCAGAAGAAGUUUACCAACGCCGUCCUGUUGCAGCAGCAUAUCCGGAUGCACAUGGGCGGCCAGAUUCCCAACACGCCUCUGCCCGAGAAUCCCUGUGACUUUGCGGGUCCUGAGCCGAUGAUGGUCAGUGAAAACGGCAGUACCGGCGCCGUCUGUCUGGAUGACGUGGAAAGCAUCGACGUGGAUGACGUCUGCGCCCAGGAGGCCCCCAGCAGCUCCUCCAAGGUCGCCGUGCCUCUUCCCGGCGUCCACUCGGCGUCCCCCACUCUGGGGUUGACCAUGAUGGCUUCCCUAGAUGCCCCGGGAAAGGGGGGACUCACUGCCCUUGUCCUGCAGCGACAGAGCAGCCGAGAAAACGGCUCAGUGGAGAGCGAUGGCUUGACCAAUGACUCUUCAUCCUCAGUGAUGGGAGACCAGGAGUACCAGAGCCGAAGUCCAGAUGUCCUGGAGACCACCUCCUUCCAGGCAGUCUCUCCGGCCAAUAGCCAAGCCGAGAGCAUCAAGUCCAAGUCUCCCGAGGUUGGCAGCAAAGCGGACAGCUCCGAGAACAGCCGCACUGAGAUGGAAGGUCGAAGCAUUCCAUCGACGUUUAUCCGAGCCCAGCCCACCACCUACGUCAAAGUUGAAGUUCCUGGUGCAUUUGUUGGUCCUGCGACCAUGUCCCCAGGUAUGACACCGUUGUUAGCGGCCCAACCCCGACGACAGGCCAAGCAGCACGGCUGCACGAGGUGCGGGAAGAACUUCUCAUCUGCCAGUGCUCUGCAGAUUCAUGAGCGCACUCACACUGGGGAGAAGCCUUUUGUGUGUAAUGUAUGCGGGCGAGCCUUUACCACCAAAGGCAACUUGAAGGUCCAUUACAUGACGCAUGGGGCCAACAACAGCUCGGCGCGCCGCGGGCGGAAGCUGGCCAUCGAGAACACCAUUGCUCUGUUAGGGACGGACGGAAAGAGAGUCCCCGAGAUGUUCCCCAAGGAAAUCCUGGCCCCUUCGGUGAACGUGGACCCUGUGGUGUGGAACCAGUACACCACCCUACUCAACGGUGGGCUGGCCAUGAAGACCAAUGAAAUCUCCGUGAUCCAGAGCGGUGGCAUUCCCACCCUCCCGGUGUCCCUGGGGGCCAGCUCCGUGGCCGCUAACACCGCGCUCUCCAAGAUGGAUGGUUCGCAGUCAGCGAUCAGCGCCGAGGCCGAGAAGCCCGGCGCCGCCGACGGGGGCGCCGCCAAACACCAGUUUCCUCACUUCCUGGAAGAAAACAAGAUCGCGGUCAGCUGAGCUAAAGGAGCACGCGCAUGCGCGCCAGGGAGCGAUGCAGGCAGUGACCUCUCUCCAUCUGUACCUUUUUUUCAGUUUGGUUUUUUUUAAAGACCCCAUCUCCCAUUUGUUUUCUUAUUGAUGUGCAAAUAAUGUUUACAGUUGUGACCACAACCUCAGGCACGUCCUUCAAUCCCAGUGUUGCUAUGCUGCUUUGCAAAAACACAAACAGCAUUCAUGCGAAAAACAGAUACAGACUAGUUGGUUUGGUUUUGUUUUGUUUUGUUUUUUUAAUUUUGGAAAGAAGCGGGUCUUGCAAAGUAGUUUUGUUACUUGCAACAAACUAUACAUAAAACCUUUGUACCACCCAGAGCAACUGUUUCCAAAGACUGUCCCCUAUUUCAAGUUGGAAGGUGUUGAACCACCAUGGAGAAGACAACUGUUUAGCCUGUUUGGAGGGGGUGGGGGGUGGGGACUGUGUGUCUGGGGUGACUGUAUGCAGGUACAUGGACAAGGUCUGUCUUCUCUUUAGGAACCUAUUUUGUAUUCUCCCAACCCUUCACCCACCCACCCAACUCCCCUCUUUUUUUUUUUUUCUCCCUCAUUUUUGAAUGUACUUGUUUUUUUUUUUUUAAACCAAGGUUGUAGAAUUCCAAAAGUUUUUUCAGCCUUGGCACCUUAAGUAGGAUGCCCUCAGGUGGACUGAUUUGUGUCCUUGGAGUGUCAGUGCUUGUGUUGCUGCUUAUUUAAAUACAGUUCAGGUGGAGCCCCAAGCGUGCCAACACCCUCCCUCUGCUUUCCAGAUGCUUCCUUCUUCCUAAGCCGGGAGAGGGUGAGCACCUGUGCAGGGAACCUUAGGUGACUUAAUUCCGUUCACCAGUGCCUCCUCCGUCGAAGAGCUGGGUCUCCAUUCUUCAAGAAACAAACUCUUGGAAGGGUGUCCUUCUUAUUCUCUGCUAAUAACUUCUUAGCCUGAUUUAUACCCCAGUUUCCUUGAUGAUGACUUGCUGCCAAGUAAUUAUGAAGACUUUGUUUUUUCCUGAUUAUUGCAUGAAGGCUACCAAGUUGGAACAGGCAAGUCCUGGAUGUGAAAGCUUUAAUUUAUCUACCUCAUUUAUUUGUUAUUUUUGUAGCGAUAGUCUCUAUUUUCCUAUUGGAUGACCGCUGAAGUGUUCCAAGGCCCUGUCUCAAACCUAAGAGUUGCUGUAUUGGUGGGAACAGCUGGACGUUCGGGAUGUAGAUGUCUUUGUGCUUCUCUUUUUCUUAAUCCCCUUUUUGUAUAUGUAAUAUGAAACCGAUGAUGAAGCGUUACUCAAAAGGAUUUAACAAGGAAGGAGAAAGACCCACAUUUCUGGGCGGAGAAGUUUCUGCCCCUCUUUGUGGAAGAGCGGACUGUGACUAUUACCAAAAGUUUGUCUCUCCGUGAUUGCACCCGUCUUUAGGAUCCAAAAAAAAACAAAAAAAAACAAAAAAAACUUUUUUUCCCUUUUUUGCCAAGUUGUGCCUUUCCUUCUGGAAUUGUAAGUGAUCACAAUAAUAGUACCUGUUUACACUGUGAAGUGGAUAUUGUUACAGAAGACACCACCAGAGGCUUUCUCACUUGUUAAGCUAAUAAAUAAUGCCUUGUUGAAUGUAUGAUCUACGGAGAAACCCCUGUAGUUUUACCUGCUGAUGCUGUCCGUCUGUCUGGAGAAUAAAUUUUGGAUGGUUCUUUUUUCCCCUA